GGAGCGUCGAAUAAACUAAAGCAGCAAUAAUUACUGGCCUUUUACGUCGGGAAAAACCAACCAGCACUCCGAAUAGAAUGUCACAUUAAAUGCGUGUCAAAUUGACAUUUCUGGGUACUUACGAUUCGUUAAUAAAAAAACCCGUAAGUACGAAUUUCGUUUUUUUCAACAUAAAUUACCGUCGAAAUCAAAGCGCAAGAGAAAUGAACAAAGCGAAACAGCGUCCUCGACCGAAGACGUCUCCAGAGGGCUCGACGAGAUCCUCCGCGUCCGACACCCUACUGUGGAAGAUACACGACAGAAAAUACUCGUACCCGCUGAAGGACCGCGUACCGAGCAGCCUGGAAGUGCUAACCAGCAGGGAUUCCAUCAAAUGCAACGAUCCUGACUACUUCGGCACCUUCCUGGGGCCCACGGUGGACGAGAGCAUCCUGGUGGGUCUGAGAAUGCUCAUCAAUUUGGGCUUUGCUUUGCCGCCCUGCGAUGAACCCCAACCGACACCACUGAAAAAAAUCAAGCCGGCUAAGAAGGAAAAUUUCUCUGAUGCAUCGUCUCAAACCAAAUCGUCUAAGACUAAGAGCGAAACAUCGCAAACGGCUGUAAGCUCGAUGAGAAGUCCUGCCGUAGACAAGCCAAUAGGGAAAUCUGAGUUCAAGAGAAUCGUUGAUUAUGAAAAAGAAGUGAGAAAGGAACCAGAACUAUCUGAAGAGGCUUCUCCGACGCCGUCUCCAACUCCUACUCCAUCGAGCGAAGUUUCCAGCUACAUCAACGAAGAAUCGCCCGAACCCGAAGCUAACGUACAAGAUAUUAAAGAAGAGGAAGAGGAAGUUAAAGAAGUUGUACAAGAAGUUGUACAAGAAAAUGAGGAAGUUGGCUUAAAGGCCGUAAGAGAAAUACAAAAUGUAGCACCCAAAGACAUCGAAGAAGUUGCAGUCGAGCAGAAACCCGAAAAAGAAACAAUAAUUAAAACCAAAGAAAGCCCUACAAAUCUGCCGGAAGAAACUAUGCCCAUAAAACAAGAAAAGGUAAAACAAGAAAAGGUAAAACAAGAAAAGGUAAAACAAGAAAAGGUAAAACAAGAAAAAAUAAAACAAGAAAAGCCAGUUGAGAAGAAACCAGCAAUUGAAGAAAAGGAGUCGGUUGUAAUUGAAGAACCACCCCCCAAUAUUGUAGAGGAUGUGACUCUAGACGAAAUAACAGAAGAAGAACUUUUAGAACGAUCCGAAAAAGAAAUUCUAGCGCUCAUCUCGUCCGAAAUCAUAUCCGAGCAAAUUGAAGAGGAAACUCCACCAAAAGAAGGUCGCAACGACUCGAAGUCGAGGAACAUCGCAGUGACGUCGCGUCAAAGACGCCACAAUGACGUCGACGAGUCAUUGCGAACAUCACAGAAAAAAUCAACUCCGUUCCACCGACCCCCGGCAAUCGUCGUAGCCUCAGCGAAAUGCGCCCAAGACGACCAGUCGAUGUCGCCAUCUGAUCACAGCACAUUACCAGAAAUUCCAAUGAAACCGCAAUCGAGCAAAGCCACGUCCGGCGCCGAAUCCGACGGCGAAGCCAAACGGCGCUCCUCGUCGACGACCAAGAGGGAUUCCAAGGGGUCCCGAAGGUCGUCGGAGGGUUCGCAUAAAUCGACGACGGGCGCUCGUCGCAGGGAUUCCAGCGAUUCGAAGAGACCGAGCGGGGAAUCGAAGAGAUUGAGCGGGGAUUCGAAGAGAGCGAGCAGGGAUUCGAAGAGCGGCCGCAGCCCGAGCGGCAUCGGGAAGAUCAGCGAGGAGGCGAUGAAAAGCGCGCAGACGAUGACCGCCGAUAAUUCAUCGUCGGAAGGAUCCGGAUACGAUUCCACAGAAGAGAAAUCAUCGAAAAUCGACAAAUCUUCGUCCACGUCUUCGUUACAAAAACAACCAGCAUCCCCGAAAUCGAAGGACUCCAGUACUGAUACCUAUUUGUGCGCCUGUCGCAUCCAAACCGAAUGCCCCGCAAGGAUAACGGAAGACGAACAAUGCUCCUGUCCAUCCAACAUUUCACCUAUUGUGAUCAACUGCCCAUUUCUCAAGAACCAAUCCACCGAAAAGACCAAAGAGGAGCGGCCGGCGCUCGAGGAGGAGAAGCUGCAGUGCGACUGCUACACGAGCACCUCGUCGACGGGCUACACCUCCGGCUCGGACUCCAACGGUAACAUGCAGCGGGGCGAUUGCGCCUCGAAGGGCGAGGUGCGGUACGCCAUCACCAAGAUCACCGAGUACGGCCGGUUCACCACGUUCGAGGUGAUGAAGAGCACGAAGAAGGUGCCCAAGUUCAUGCCGAAGGGGCUGGAGGGCGUGUUCGUGCUGAAGCACAAGUCUUGAAGCGCGGGGGUUGUUUGUAGUUUAGCGCUAAUGAUGGAAAUGACCGACUAUUAUAAGGAGGUUUAAAAUUGUUUUUGGUAUUUUUUUUUUGUAUUGAGUAUAGUUUGUCGUGUAAAAAUUUAAUUACAAAUAACGAAGCUGAGCGAGAUCUACACAAAUUUAACAUAAUGUAAAAAUAUUUACCUAUACUCUUUAUAACUAUAACAUUACAUGCAUACACACGUUCGACGAAAAGUAUUUUUAGAUUCGCAUUUAAUAGGAACGUGUGUAGAGGCGAGGCGUUCGAAAGUGAUCGGUUAUUUUGUAACGUCGAUUUUUAUGGGCGAUAAAAAUUUUACUGGUUUGUAUAUUAAUUGCUUUUUAGUAGCAAUUAAAAUGGAAAAAUGUGGAAUAUGAUCUAUAAUUACGUUAUAUCGAGUCGUUUUUUUAAUGUUCUGCGAAUACGCUUCGGAACUUAAAUAGUAUUAUUAAUAGUUGAGUAAUGUUUUGUUUUUGUUAUCAAACUAUCUAAUUAAUUAGAAAAAUGUGAGGUUUGAGAGGAGAUUUUUUCCUGUGAUUUCUAGAAUGCUAUUUUUGCUUAAAUUAAGGCACUUUAUCUUUUCUAUAAGCUCUACAAGUGCAAAUUUGUUGGCAUUAUGGUCAAUUCUAUGAGUUGAACGAAGAUUAUUCAAAUAACAGUGGUUAUAGUGAGAAUGUUGCAAUCCCACAAUAUCAUUCUUUCUUCUUUUUCCUUUAUAUAAGACUAAUGCAAGUUGUUAUUGUUGCACCCAAAGAC